GGAGACCCCGGCCCCGAGGGACCCAGAGGCCUGGCAGGAGAAAUUGGAAACAAAGGGGCCAAGGGUGACCGUGGCAUGCCUGGGCCCAGAGGACCUCAGGGGAGCCUUGGGGAGCCCGGGAAGCAGGGAUCGCGCGGGGACCCCGGGGACGCUGGUCCCAGAGGAGAGUCGGGACCUCCAGGACCCAAGGGAGACCGAGGGCGGCCUGGCUUCAGCUACCCGGGGCCGCGCGGAGAGCCGGGAGAAAAAGGCGAGCCGGGCCCCGCUGGCCCCGAGGGCAGCAGAGGAGACUUUGGCAUCAAAGGCGCGCCCGGGAGAAAGGGAGAGAAAGGCGAGCCG